AUGGAGGCCCUCAGUGAGGUCCCGCGGGGGCCAAAGUCCGUGCGUGCUUGCCGUGCAGAACUGUCAAGAUGCGAUGUGUUGUUGAGGAGAAUGAGACAAUAUGCUCGCGUUGUUCGCGCAAGUCGCUUAAUUGCGUUUUUCAGGAUCAUCGUCGGGGAAGGAAGCCUGGAACACGGUGCGUUGCGUCCUUCGAACAGUCACACCACACAAAAUCAUGUAGUUGACGCUCAAUUUGGGGUUUCAGGAUUGCGAAGAGACACAGCACCUCUUCGAGGCACCUCGCCAGCACCCCUCCACCUGAACAGACGAGUUCAACUGGACAACCGUAUGAUGACUCUGCUGCAGCGACGGCAGUUCAAAAAAGUCCCGACUGGGAUAACGGCACGCUCCAACCAGCCGGAUUAUUCAAGAGUCAAACUACAAGAAAAGGAUUUUAGACUAGAGAAGAAGAUCCGGCAAUUCCUUCAGAUGAUCCUGUACAGCUUGGCUUGGUCAAUCUGUCCAUCGCUUCGUCCCUAUUUGAGAAGUAGUGUCCCGUCCAGACCUGUGAAACCGCUCACUGACAAUACACACAGUUUCAUGGUCACUCUUAACCCUUAUAUCAGCCAGCUAGAUCCGCACUUGCACAGUUUCAGUCGCGUGAGGAAGAGAUCUGCCUUUCUCCUGACUGUCAUACUUGCCGCAGCAGCCAAAGCUUUCAAUCCUGCUCUCAAUAAGAAGCUCAGGGAUCAUGCAGAGGAUAUGCUUGCCGACAGUUUUCGCAGAGGCUCGAAGUCGAUUGAGGCGGCUCAAGCAAUCAUGAUCAUGACUUAUUGGAAGGACCCCGAAGAUACGCGUGCGUGGAUGUACUUGGGAUACAUCAUCAGAAUGGGAAUGGAGUUGGGUUGGCACCGGCUUGCCCCGUACAGCCCCAAGGCUCCCGAUAUUGGGACUGAUCACGAUAUUCGGGAGGCAAGAAAUAUUGAGAGAACAUGGCUUGUUCUGUUCGUGUAUGACCGAAGCAUGAGUCUACAAACUGGAAAGCCGUGGAUGAUUGAGAGGAGUGGGUUCAUUGAGUCUGUGGAGGCGUGGUGCAAAGACCCUGCAGCUAUCUCAAAUGAUCGUCUUCUCGGUGCUUUGGUUACCCUGCGACUUCUUAGUUCAGAAGUCUUUCGUCUACUGGGUUCGAGAUCAAACAGGGCUCGUGCAGGCCAGCUCCAUACGCUCGAAUCCCUUCUCGCCAUCAUCAAUGGGAGAAUAGAAGAAUGGGAGACAAGAUGGCUAAAGUUGGCCGAUCAAGACAGUUGCCAUCCUUUCUUGAUACAAUUCUACGGAACCCAUCUCCGGCUGCAGCUCUUCUCUUUACCCCUGCAAGAGACUCUAGGUCAGCCGGAUGAAGGGUCCUCACACCGCAUGGAAGCACUAUGGGUUAGCUACUCGAGCGCUUUGGAGAUGCUGCAUCUCAUAUGCCGCCAUUCAUCUUGGCUGUAUUUUGCCCAAGAUUCAGUUCAUGUGAUGACAGCGUACAGCGCCGCUUUCUUGAUUAAGGUCAUUCAAUCAAGGACGAAACUGACACUAGAAACACAGCUUCUGAUGUCUGCGCCAGAAUCAGUAACUCGUCAAAUCGAGCCUGCCAUCAGGAGCGCCGUUUCUGGCGCAGCAGUGGUGUUCUCCCAACAGGCCGCUCCGCCAGGCUCGAGUUGUGCACUGCAAGCCAAGUUCCUCGACAACAUCACCGCGAGGUUUUCAAAAGAAAGGCCGCACGUCCCAGGCAGGGGACAGCAUCAGAGUAUAGCAGUCGAAGCAGGCGAAUGUUCCACGAUAUCAAGCGCUCAGCCAAAUUGUGACGACUCGCGAUGGGAUUCUAGCGAGACAGCAAGUUUCAUUGCACCGAUAAGGGGCGCAGACAUAGCUGGGACAGGACUGACCUUCGAGUCCGCAGAGGAAGCUACUUGGGCGAGUCUCAUAGCAGAAGCUGGAUUCAGUGCCCAAGAUGGUGUUUUCUUUGGAUGA